CACAACACCUUAAAGCAGCGAUACCUCGGUCGCAAUGCAUCUCGGUGCCGCAAUGUCGGCCUCGCUGGCGCGCAGCCGUCUGCGCGGCGCGUCCUCCGAAUCCAAGCAGUUGCUUGGCUAUGCUCCAUUUCCGGGCCUGCGCGGGCCAUGGCUGCCCAAGCCUCCGCUGCGGCUUCCGGCACUCGCUCGAGCUACGCCGUCAGGCGCCGGAAACGGAAACAGCGCUAGCGGCAGCAGCAAGCCAGCCGGCAAACAGAGCAAGAAAAAGUCCCACACUACCUCCUCCAAACCAUCGCAGCCUCAGCGCAAGCAGCAGCAGGAGCAGGCGCCGACGGUGCCUUUCGGCAGCUCCCACUCGCAGCAAGCGGCUGACGCAGCGGCAGAGGCCACACUGGCACAGUCCAUAGCCCAGGCCGCCGCCGCCUUCCGCCACGCCCCUCAACCGCGCCUGUCAACUCCGCCACCCACUCCAACCGCCGGCAUGCCGCCGCCCCUGGGGCCCCUGGCAGCGGCGGCGCGGGAGGAGGCACUUUCGUCGCUGGCGGAGGCGGAGGAUGAGAACGAAAAGGUCUCAGCAAUGGCGGCAGCGGCAGGCGCCAAGUCUACCAUGCAGCGCGAGCCCGAGCCCACGAUGCAGGUGCAGCAUAAGCAGGAGGAGCCGCGAUCGCUUGCUGCCGAGGCCAACGUGCGGGGGCUGCGCGACGCUGCCGAGAUCAAGUCGGGGCUUAAGCACGGCAUUAAGGAGGGCAUCAAGCAGGUGAGAGAACCCGGCGGCCGGUGUUGUAGAUCGCCGAUACGGCCUAGCUAACGUGGCGGCGCGCCUGUGCAUAGCUUCGGUGCUAGCCUGAGCCAUGUUGUGUGCGUGUUGCCCUGGCAUCGACACACGUUCAUACGAUACCUAG